CACAACAUUCUAACGGACUUACAGUCGCGACGUCAUAAGAACAAUAAUCAAGCUGGUUUAGAACUUUGUAUUGUAUAUUCUUAGUAGUGAUUGAUUUUUUAUAUGAAAAUGAAGACGCAAAUCAUUUACAGCUGCGCUUUAAUUUUAUUGGUGCAAUCCAUACACGCGAUGGUCAUAGAAAACCUUGACAAUGGCGAGCAGUUGCUGCACUUCGGCUUCAAAACAGAGAAUGGUCAAUCGCGUACAGAGGACAUAAAAUACAAUAACACACACAAUGAAGUAGUUCAUGAUGAUGAUGAUGAGAAGAAUGAGAAGGUUGCUGCAACAACUGUGACACCUGUGGAGUAUCGAGGCGGCUAUAGUUUCAUUUCUGCCGAUGGCUAUGAAUACACUGUGCUUUAUAAGGCAAACAAAAACGGAUUUCAACCCUAUGUAACAGCGCGCAAAUUACGGAGUGAUAAAAUUUGAGCGAAAAUCUAUGCAUGAAAUCUAAUAAAAUGCCAAUAUCAACAAAACUAGAUCGUAUUAUUCUUAACUUUAUUAUAUUUAUUGUAAUCACUACCAGUAUGCUAGUAUAUUUAUGUAUGUAGUUUUAAGUUGUGAUAACGCAAUAUAUUUAGAUUGUUGUAUUGUAUGUAUG